AGCGCGGAGACCAAAAAAUUAUACUCCGCGGUCGCACAACUUUCAACCGAUAUGGUUCUCCUUCGGGCAGAGAAUCAGGGCCUACGGCAGGCUAUUGUCAACGAGAAAAAGAAGCGUACGCGGGCUAGACCGGUUUUUGACGACCUUCGUGCUGAAAACGAUGGUAUUAAGGCCCAAUUCUUUAGUCCCUCGAAGAUUCAGCGAGCUCGCGACCUCCAGAUACAAAAAGAGCAGGAGAAAUCCGAUCUACAAGCCCAAAAACAGGAGGAAAGGCUAGAAAGGACACGGCGAAAAGAAGAGAAAGAAAGAUUGCUAAUGGAAAGGAGGAUCCAACGCCUAGAGGCACGCACUUUGCGCGAGCAGGAAAAGGCACGU